GGCUGGGCGGGCAGAGCUGACGGCAUUCUCCGCUCUCCGUGUAUGAGGUCAGCGGCGGCCACUCCCAGCCACCCGGUGUAUGUGCCUGCGCGUGUGUCUUUAAGCGCUGGGCCCCGCCCCCUGUCUUCCUGCUGACAAGAUGGCGGCGGAGUGCAGAGUGUUGUCUUAUACCGUGUACAAGUGGAGCUCCUUUUCCUCCAGCUAUCUCCCCGAAAAUAUUUUAGUUGACAAACCCAAUGAUCAGUCUUCACGGUGGUCAUCAGAGAGCAACUAUCCUCCUCAGUAUCUCAUAUUGAAAGUGGAGAGGCCAGCCAUUGUCCAAAGCAUCACAUUUGGAAAAUAUGAGAAGACACACGUCUGUAAUUUGAAGAAGUUCAAGGUCUUUGGUGGAAUGAAUGAAGAGAACAUGACAGAGCUUUUAUCUAGUGGUCUGAAGAAUGAUUACAAUAAAGAGACAUUCACGUUAAAGCAUAAAAUUGAUGAGCAAAUGUUCCCAUGCCGGUUCAUCAAAAUAGUGCCUCUCUUGUCCUGGGGUCCAAGUUUUAACUUUAGCAUUUGGUAUGUUGAAAUCAAUGGUAUUGACGAGCCAGAUGUGGUACAGCCCUGUCUUCAUUGGUACAGCAAGUACCGUGAACAAGAAGCCAUUCGUCUUUGCCUCAAGCACUUUCGCCAGCACAACUACACAGAAGCUUUUGAAUCCUUACAGAAGAAAACAAAAAUUGCUCUAGAACACCCCAUGCUAACCGAGCUGCAUGACAAACUAGUGUUGAAAGGAGACUUUGAUGGCAGUGAGGAAUUGAUUGAAAAAGCUGUAAACGAUGGACUAUUCAGUCAGUACAUCAGUCAACAAGAAUAUAAACCACAGUGGAGCCAGAUCAUUCCUAAAAGCACUAAAGGGGAUGGAGAUGACAGCAGACCAGGAAUGAGGGGAGGACAUCAGAUGGUCAUUGAUGUACAAUCUGAGACCGUAUAUUUAUUUGGAGGCUGGGACGGGACACAGGACUUGGCAGACUUCUGGGCUUACAGUGUGCAAGAGAACCAAUGGAUUUGUAUAUCUAGAGAUACAGAGAAAGAGAGUGGUCCCAGUGCCAGAUCAUGUCACAAAAUGUGCAUUGACUCUCAGCGCAGGCAGAUAUAUACUUUAGGCAGGUACCUGGACUCUUCUGUGAGAAACAGCAAGUCUCUAAAAAGUGAUUUCUAUCGCUAUGACAUUGACACAAAUACCUGGUCUUUGCUCAGUGAGGAUACUUCUGCAGAUGGUGGGCCAAAGCUAGUGUUUGAUCACCAGAUGUGUAUGGAUUCAGAAAAGCAUAUGAUAUACACUUUUGGAGGACGAAUACUGACUUGUAAUGGUAAUGUGGAUGACAGCCGGGCAAGUGAGCCCCAGUUCAGUGGACUUUUUGCAUUUGAUUGUCAGACACAGACUUGGAAACUACUACGAGAGGACUCUUGCAAUGCUGGACCUGAGGAUAUACAAUCCCGAAUAGGGCACUGCAUGCUGUUCCACUCGAAAAAUCGCUGCUUGUAUGUGUUUGGUGGACAGCGAUCAAAGACCUACUUGAAUGACUUUUUUAGCUAUGAUGUGGACAGUGAUCAUGUGGAAAUUAUAUCAGAUGGCACCAAGAAAGAUUCUGGCAUGGUUCCAAUGACAGGCUUUACUCAGAGAGCUACGAUUGAUCCAGAGCUGAAUGAAAUACACGUUUUGUCAGGUCUUAGUAAAGAUAAAGAAAAACGAGAAGAGAAUGUGAGGAAUUCCUUCUGGAUUUAUGACAUUGUUCGAAAUAGCUGGUCUUGUGUGUACAAGAAUGAUCAAGCAUCAAAACUAGACAACCCAAACAAAAGCCUUCAGGAAGAGGAGCCCUGUCCAAGAUUUGCACACCAGCUGGUUUAUGAUGAGCUGCACAAGGUUCAUUAUCUUUUUGGUGGAAAUCCAGGAAAAUCCUGCUCUCCCAAAAUGCGAUUGGAUGACUUCUGGUCAUUAAAGUUAUGUCGGCCAUCUAAAGAGUACUUGUUGAGGCACUGUAAAUACCUUAUUAGAAAACACAGGUUUGAAGAGCGUGCGCAGUCAGAGCCCAUUAGCGCACUGAAAUACUUGCAGAAUGAUUUAUAUGUCACUGUGGAUCACACAGACCCUGAAGAAACGAAAGAGUUUCAGCUUCUUCCUUCUGCACUCUUCAAAUCCAGCAAAGAUUUCACCCCCCUUGGGUUCUCGGAUGUUGAUCACACUUAUGCUCAGAGGUCACAACUCUUUGAUACACUUGUCAACUUCUUCCCUGACAGUAUGACCCCGCCAAAAGGCAAUCUGGUUGACCUCAUUACACACUGAGUAACUCUCAAUACGGAGGAGAACAAAAACUGUGUAUUGGUUCUUGUGUUAUAUGUAUAAUUGGAACUGAAGCUGGAAUGCAAUAUGUGCACAGAGUGAAUUGUAAUGUAGUGCUUAAUUGAUAAAUGCUUGUAAAGGUUGAGGCUUUAUACCUCUGCCAGAGAUCAGUCUGGUUGUAUCUCUUUUUAUUUUAUUUUUUAUUCCUCCCCAUGUUUGGUAACCACUUGGCUAAGCCUAAAUGGGACUUUUCUUUCCUCUAUUUAAAAUACGGAGCAUAAUCCUAAAGGUUAUCCUAUAUUUUGGUAUGAAAGGUUGACCUUUGUGUAUUCAUAAGAACAGUAACAGUCUAGCCCCCUAUGUAUAUUUUUUUUAUGUUCAGCAAGAUUAAUAGGGGCGGUAGGUGUAUGUUACAGUAACAUAUAGAAAUGAAGCAUAAUCACGAAUAACAUGGAAUACUGGAAGAAGGAAGAACCAGGAUAACGUUGACUGACCACCUGUACAGCUACUGUAUUUUCUGUAUAAAGAAUGUGAAAUAUAAAUAUACUUUUUUUUUUUCUCUUUGAGUUCUACACAACUUUUACUUUGAAUAUGAAGUUGUGGAAGAAGUUGAGGUAUAAGCCAAAUUUAAUGAGUCAUUGUAUAGUAAUUUUGAGUUGCAGAACUUAUUGCUUAUUUAUUGAUUGUUUAUUGAACACAUACUUUCAUAGUAACACUUAGAGAGAGGACCGUUUGUUGUUAUAUACUUGACAAUACGUGUCUUACGGUCAGCACCAUUUAGUUAUGAGUUAAAAAGCAAUUGCAUGGAAGUUUGGAAAUCCUAAGCCACAAUGCUGCAUCACAUAGAAAUAUUAAGGCUUAAAUAAUUUUACCAGAAUGAAAGCACAAUAAUAGUGUUAGUUAUUUUUGUGUAUUAUGUAUACACUCAAUAACAGCACACAAUCUUAUCUGCGGCUAUAUAUGCUGAAGUCAGGCAAAUUGGCCCAGGGAGUAGCAUAGAUCAGAGGAGAUGAUGUCAGAUGGACACUUGUAAAAAUUAAUAUUACAGCAAAAACAAAUAUGUAAAGGGAUGCUCAAAUGGUUCUGUUGCUGUUUACCUGCGCAUUAUACUCAAAUUACCAUACAAUGGACACUUGGACUCGUGUCCGAUGCCAUAGCACGCUUGUCUGUCAUGACUUCAGCAUUUUGCUGUGAGUACAGCGUGCAGUAAUGGUGCUCCAGGAAGGUUGUGAAUACCAUGAUUAAAACUGCUGUAUUUAGAUGGGUCUUGCUCAUACCAGAUUUUUGAGCCUUAAGAUUGUGAGAUUUAUGGCUUUACAUCAUAAGCACUUGUCUUCUAAUAAACAAGUAUUUUUAUUAA